UCUCUCGAAAGAAAAUGGUCAGAAAAGAAGAUCUUUAAGAGCUCGAACUCAAGACACCGCUACAAAAAAGAGGCCAGCAGCAUACUCUCUUUCUCCAAGACCUACUAUAACCUUUAAUAACGUUACAGUUCCGUCUCCUAAUCAACUACUGCAACUUAAUUCAGAAAUAGAAUAUCUCGAUGCAUUAGGAUUAUUUGAUCCCUCAGAAAUUACUGAGCCUAUUCUAUCACCAGAAGCUGAAAGAGAAUAUCUCGAAGUAUUAGGAAUAUUAGAACAUAUUCCGCAAUUUCAUCAAACAGAUAUUAUUAGUUCAGGAUGUAAAUUAUUAGACGAUCAUUAUCAAGUUAAAAUAGGAAAAGAAA